UUUAAAAAUUACUAUUCCAUUAUUGAAGAAUGCUAUCCAUUCUUUCGAUUAUUUUUCCAUUACACCCAUUACAUCCAUUUCAAAAAAUCACAAUAUCAAUAUCUAUUUAGUAUGUAAGAAAGUAGUAAGGGUUUGAUCACACAUAUACACACAUAAAUUAAAAACAAUUUGCAAAUGAAUUGAACGAAGCUGCGUUAGCAAACACUUUGCUCACAAAAAUUGAGAUUUGGUAGUAGUAGUAGUAGCAGAGCAGAGCAACGAAGGAAUCAUCAUUGGAUACACACUAUCGCAUUAACGUUGCAUCGACAACAUGGCUCAGCACACGAUCAACAGAGAUAGCGAGCCAAAGAAAGGGAGAGAUUACUUAGCACAUUGUGUAAUGCGCGCAGACGAGGAAUGUGGAGACGAGGAAUGUGGGGUGGAGCGCGGAAAUGUGGUUUCAAACCUAGCGAACACUCAGCCAGUUGUUCGUCUGGAAAGGAUGAGCAGAGAUUUGUUACGGCAAUGGAAUGUACCGCGGCCAAAUGUGACACAACAAACACCAGCACGCCGUUCAAAACGUGUGCAAACUGUACCGUCUGUCGCUCGUUCUUCUCAGCCACAUGAUAGUAGGGACGAUGAGCCGCUAGCGGCCAAAAUAAGACGUACCGAACAACCAUUUAAUUCGGUUUCAAACCUAGCGAACAAUCAACCAGUUGUUCGAUUGCAAAGAAUGAGCAGAGAUUUGUUACGGCAAUGGAAUGUGCCACCGCCAAAUGUGACACAACAAACACCAGCACGCCGUUCAAAACGUGUGCAAACUGUACCGUCUAUCGCUCGUCCUUUAGUAUCUGAACCACCGCCAAGUCGGCCAGUUUUGAGACCAGCCAUGCGAGACGAACCAUCUACUUCACGUGGUUUGACCUCUGCGCCACGGCCGUCAUCGUCACGUUUCACACAACAACCACCAGCACGCCGUUCAAAACGUGUGCAAACUGUACCGUCUGUCGCUCGUUCGUUAGUUCAAAGUCCGGUCAUUCCAUCGACAUCGGCUGCACCGAUUGGAGCACCAUUACAACCGCUCCGCAAUGAACGAGUGUGUCGCCGCAAAGGUGAACAAUCGGAUCCUAACCAAGAGACAUUCACCAUCAAAAUGUCUCUGCGGACAUUUUUGAGAAACGGUCCGAAUGAUCCAACUCGUAUUGGUGGUAAACGAAACAAAGAUCAAAUGAAUGCAACGAAUGCUGACAACGCCAACAAUAGAGAUAGUGAUAUGAAACGCCGAUUAAUGGCAAUCAUUGAUAAUGCUGUGAUUGAGAUGUCCGACUUGACGCGAUUAUCGGCAUACUAUGUGCACAACGAAUUGAAUCGUUUGGUCGAUAGCAACAACGAUGCAGCAAUCCGUGCAGAAUUUUUAGCGCCUUUUGAUGCACACAAGUAUUUUUUUGCCCUAAAACAUUGCCAAGCUAACGUCAAUUGUCCAUUAAAUCCAAUGUUUGCACAAUAUCUAAGGGAUAAGAACAUUCCAGUUCAGCCACACAUUAACAACUUAACUCACCCGAUUAGUUUUGCUUACCAACAGUCCGCCACAAAUAUGCGCAAUAACACAAAUAUGCAUGGCAACGAUCACAUUCGCAAUUAUUUCAAGCGCAAAAAUAUUAUGGAACAGGAGAUUGAUGUGUUGAUGGACUAUUUGCAAUACGAAGAUUCGGAAGUCGAGCUGUAUGACGGCACUCGCGCGCAUUUAACCGAAUACUACAAUGAGCUGCAUCCAUUGUUGCCACUCGACCGUAUUGCUCUCUACGAAAAUGAUCCUGAAAAUGUUGUGUUCCAAGACGACCAUCUCAUACCACGUGGCUGGUUGUGGACUACAACAGACGAUACCAAGUACUAUAAACACGUGCACGAGCUGAUCCAUUUACAGCGUUGGAUUCAACAGCACAAUGUGGCCAAUCCAAAUGAGCAGUGGCAGUCGUUUCGUGCCAUUCCGCAAUCGAAGAACAAACGCAAACAUGUUCAAUUCGAUACGGAUGGUUUCAUCGACAUGACAAAUUUAUUGUAUGCCCGCAAAGAAGAUAAAGUAAGAAGAAGUGACAAACCAAAUUGGGAUAACAAUGAUUAUGAUGCGUUUUGGAAUCGGUAUGUAAAUUUGCGGAAAAUAAAUCGUAACGGACAAAUUUUCGGCAACUAUUUUACGACCGACGGUGUGACAGCAUGCCUGAGAAUGAUUCGUCGAAAGCGUGACGCGACGAGUGCACCGACCAAAACGAGUAAGAAAAAGAAUAAGAAGAAAAAGGGCAAGAAACAGUACGAGAAGAAAGAACCGCCAAAAUGUCCGGAAGACAUUAAAGCUGCCUUCAUAACACAUACCAUUGAUCGAUAUUGUCGCAUAAUGGCAGUUCAUGAGCCAGGAACAUCGAUGCUCUGUAGUCGUGAUCACGAUAUCACAGACCAACCAUUGCACCGCGAAAGACCGGAGAAUAUGAAUCCAAAGGAUCGUUUCUUAGUUUGCAACAACUGCGAACCGGCCCUUAACCAUGUUCUCCCACCACCAAAUGAGUGGAUAGCCAAAAUUCAUCAUACAUUCCGAUCAAAACAUCGCCUUGAAUUGGAACCGAAUCUCAAGCAUUAUGGACAUUCUAUCGCGAAUCAACAAUACAAUGGACGCAAGCAAACUAUUGUUUUUGACCGUGAUCUGAAUGCAUCACGCAACAUGAUAUACAAAUCAUUGUGUAUGAUACAAGAUAUUCCAAUCAAUGGUGAUUUCAAUCGGAGUGCUGCCUAUUUACGACAACGGGCGGCUAAUGCUGCCGCUCAUUAAAUGAAUAUCCUCCUCGGCCGUCUCCCGUAGUUUACUCCGUCUAAGAGUAAUUUACGUGUCAGAACGCGAUUCUUAACACUACUACCAAAUCUCAAAUUAAAGCAAUGUUGUUGCAAAUGUGUGACGGUUACUUUGCUCUUAAACUAUACAUAUUUGAUUUUCAUUAUAUGUUUCCAUUACUUCCAUUACGUUCCAUUACAUAUUGAUUAAUUCCCAUUAUUUCCAUUCUUUUCUUUGUGAUUAA